AUGUCGAACCCCUUGCUCAACUUGACUACUUCUGUUCUCUCGGAAGCGCUAGCGAAGGAGACCAGCGUGAUUGUCGCUUAUCACCCCACGAUCUUCAAGGGGCUUCAAUCACUGACGCUCGCGAACCCUCUGCAACGAUCGCUCCUGCAGUGUGCCGCAGAAGGCGUAUCGGUGUACAGCCCACACACGGCUCUGGACUCUGUGUGGGGUGGUAUCAACGAUUGGCUUGCCCGCGGAAUGCUGGGGUCGUCAUUGUCGUCGUCAUCCUCGCCUGAAGAGGGAAUAGUCGAGCCUUUGGUAGGCUUGAAGCUUGGCGCAAAUGGUGAAUCCGAAGGCGCCGAAGGAAGGUUGGUGACGCUUAACCAACCCAUCGAAAUCGACGAACUCGUGCGGAGGAUCAAAUCGCACUUGAAGCUUGCAAACGUGCAAGUUGGUUACCCUGAUGUGGCGGAAGGGAGUCCAUCAAAGUUGGUUCAAACGAUUGCCAUUUGUGCUGGGUCCGGUGGAUCCAUGCUCGUCGGAAAGCCGGCCGAUGUGUAUUUUACUGGGGAGAUGUCGCAUCACGAAGUUCUGGCGUCAGUCGCAGCUGGCAAGCACGUCAUUCUCUGUGGUCACACGAACACCGAACGCGGAUACCUCCCAAUCCUCGCAGAGAAGCUACGAAACGGAUUGAGUGAAGACCAAGAGUUUGGAGAAGCUGUCGAGGUGCUGGUUAGCCGGGGUUACACAUUACGCUAUUCCAACAUCCGCAUCCACAACCACGCGAUGUCGACUCGAUGUCGUCAAUCCAACCAAACCACGGACCGGUGUCGAUUGGCUUGA